GGAAAAUCUCCCCGUGGACAGGACGUUUCUACUCCCUCCUGGAUCCUUCCUACGCCAAGAACAACAUCCCCAUCAUCGCCUCCGUCUCCGAGCACCAACCCACCACUUGGUCCUCUUAUUACUUUGACCUUCAGCUUCUCGUGUUCAUGUUCCCAGUCGGUCUCUAUUAUUGCUUCAGCAACCUCUCGGAAGCGCGGAUUUUUAUCAUCAUGUACGGCGUGACCAGCAUGUACUUCUCGGCUGUGAUGGUGCGUCUCAUGCUGGUGCUGGCCCCGGUGAUGUGCAUCCUCUCCGGCAUCGGCGUUUCUCAGGUGUUGUCCACCUACAUGAAGAACCUGGAUAUCAGCCGACCGGACAAGAAGAGCAAAAAGCAACAAGACUCCACCUACCCCAUCAAAAACGAAGUUGCCAGUGGCAUGAUCUUGGUGAUGGCUUUCUUCCUCAUCACCUACACCUUCCAUUCCACCUGGGUGACCAGCGAGGCCUACUCCUCCCCCUCCAUCGUGUUGUCCGCCCGUGGUGGGGACGGCAGCAGGAUCAUCUUUGAUGACUUCAGAGAAGCGUAUUAUUGGCUGCGUCACAACACACCGGAGGACGCCAAGGUGAUGUCCUGGUGGGACUACGGGUACCAGAUAACGGCCAUGGCCAACCGGACCAUCCUGGUGGACAACAACACCUGGAACAACACGCACAUCUCCCGCGUCGGUCAGGCCAUGGCAUCGACGGAGGAGAAAGCCUAUGAGAUCAUGAGGGAGCUGGACGUCAGCUACGUGCUGGUCAUCUUUGGAGGCCUCACCGGUUACUCAUCUGAUGACAUCAACAAGUUCCUGUGGAUGGUGCGGAUUGGGGGCAGCACGGACACGGGACGUCACAUCAAGGAGCACGACUACUACACCCCCACGGGGGAAUUCCGAGUGGACCGCGAGGGCUCCCCGGUUCUUCUCAACUGCCUCAUGUACAAGAUGUGCUACUACCGCUUCGGCCAGGUCUACACCGAGGCCAAGCGACCGCCGGGCUACGACCGGGUGAGGAACGCCGAAAUCGGCAACAAGGACUUUGAGCUGGACGUGUUGGAGGAGGCGUACACCACAGAGCACUGGCUGGUCCGAAUAUACAAGGUGAAGGAU